CAGCGGGAAGUGUGACGUCGCUCGUUGCUCGCGGCUCUGCGGUCCGGACCCUACUGUUAGCUUCUGCUCGGAGGGUCUCACCUGGAAUCUGAGCUUCCCAGCGCCCCCCCCUCGAAGCCCGUGGACAAUGAAUUUCGGGGAGCUAUUUGACGAGCGGACAUUUUCGCUUUCUGACUUCCAGGAGUUUUCGUUUCUUCCUAGUCAUCAGAAGCUGUCUGAACGAGUUAGGAAGCGCCUAUACUAUGGACUGGAGAAGGACUGCACUCUGGAUGCGCUCUCCUGCCCUGUUACAGACAUUGCUGUUGAACUACUUCAGAAAUCUGCCCCGAGUCCGAUUCGAAAGCUUCAGAAGAAGUACGCUGCACACGUUGCAAGGGAGGCAUGCAUCUCGCCCUGCGCCAUGAUGCUGGCCCUUGUCUACAUCGAAAGGCUCCGACAUAGAAACCCUGAAUACCUUCAGCAGAUUUCUUCUUCUGACCUCUUCCUGAUCUCAAUGAUGGUUGCCAGCAAGUAUCUGUAUGAUGAGGGAGAGGAGGAAGAGGUGUUCAAUGAUGAGUGGGGGGCUGCUGGGAAGCUGGACGUCCAGACUGUCAACACCUUGGAGAUGAAUUUCCUUAAAGCCAUUGACUGGAGUCUGUAUGCUGAACCUAGGGAAUUCUAUGAUAUACUGGCUCGUCUUGAAACCACCAUAGCACAGAAGCAGGGCUUAAGUAGGGGGUGGUUUACAUACACUGACAUGUGCGUGCUGCUGGAGCAGUCAGCGUGGCAACAGGUGUUCAUGGCAGUCUACCAGCACUUCACAAAGCUGACCUGCAUGCUUGGAUUGGUGUACUUGACCAGUGUAGCAGGCCUUAUCGCCUCAUCUGCAGUGCUACAACAUGUGGUCUGUCCCAAGGCUCGUGGACCCUUUUGUGCCGUCAGCCUCCAGAGCUCCACAGAUCCCGUGGGACUUCUCCAGGAACCUAUUACUUCAGCAUCCAGCCUGCCCACCUGCAUCCUGGGAAACAACAGUCAGAAGAGGUGUACCACCUCAAUAGCUGCCCUUUCGUCACCUACCUCACCACUUUGCUUCUGGGACUCACUGCUUGCCUCAUUGACCUAUUCAGAGCCUGUACAAGACCGCGAUAGUUCCACCUCCACUCUGGUCUGCUCCCACUGCCUGGGCCCCCUGUCUCCCCUGCAGUGCAGAGCACUUAAUGGAUCUGUUAGCUACGCCACAAAGUCUCCACCUUUCGUUGCCCAAACUCUGACCUCUUAUCUUCAUACCACAGAACUUAAGAUACACAACCCCUUUUUGAGCACCUCCUUUCCCUUUGGAGUUCAGCCUUGCUGUCUGGAGUCCAUGGUGCCCUAUGGGAAGCUCCAAGCACUCUUAAUGCCAAGCUAGAGAACUGGAGUUGUGGGUGGCUGUUGAAUUCUAGAAGGGUGAGUUCAUAAUUAUUGAGAAUGAAAAAUGGGGUCAUGUAGUCUUUCUUUAGCGUGAAAACCUCUAAAGCUAACCAGAUACAGUGCAGUUUUUAAACCUGGUGCUCAUCACUCACCUAAUCCCACCACCUGUUGGUAUAGAGGGAGAGCCACUGCUUGGCCCUUCUAAUAAAUUAAACAAAGCAUUGGUCUUCCUGUAUGUCACUAUUGACUGUUGUUCCCCUUAUGUCUUUGUUUCACCUCUGUAAUGUUUUGUUUACAGUAAUUACCCCAUGAAAAUCUGCUUUACCUCACUCUUGUCAUUCAGCUUCUGGCAGAAGUUAUACCUUUGUUUCUGUAAUGAUAUAUGUAAAUAUACAGCUUUCUUUCAAGAGGCUACACUGCACUUUGUGAGGGAUAAAAAUUAUUUUAAAAGAUUAUGUUGUCACUUAAAGGGCAAUAGAUAAUAUUGUAUUGGGACUUGUCUGCCUUAUGCUUUUGUUUGUAAACAUUUGUAAACAUAAUCUGAGCUUGUUUUACAAGUGCACACAUUUUCUUAGCACAUUUUAAAAUUUCUACCUAUUUUAUAGUAGCCGGUUCUUCCACUUAGAUUUGCAUAAGUUCCAUAAAAGUUUUUAAAAUCUGUAUAGUAUGCUUAGUUUUGAUAAGAUAUUCUUGUACUUUAAAAACUUGUUUUUACACAUCAUGAAACAAGGGAGAAAAUCUAAACAAAAUAUGUAAUUAAGUACAUCUGUAGUGGUAAAACGGUGAAUGGCAAAGUGAGAAAAGCAUAGUUGAGUGUUAAUGGUUUGAAAUUAGCUGGGCAAAUUUGUUACUAUGCAUAUUUGAUUCUGCAUUUCCAUGGGGCAGUGAGCUAGAUACUUCGUUCUGCUAUAAAAAGCUAUAAUAGUGCAUGUUUUUUUUUUUAAUUUUAUUUUAUAUAAACAGUUUGGUACUGAGAAGUAUUUUGGAGCUAUUUGUGAAAUUUACAGUGUGCCCACUUCCAUGGGGUAAAGGUUCCUGAAAUAUUCCUAAAAUGUUGGGAAACUGGACUAUGGGCAUUGAUUCACAAAUUUUGGGUUUUGUAGUCCUGCUUACAGUGUUGCAGUAUCUUUGAGGACUUUUGAGCAUUGAUAAUGUCAGAGAUGGGUAUAACGGACCUCUACUGAACAAAGGAAAGAGGUGAAACCUUUCUUAAAAUCUGAAGCAUUCAUGUGAAGCAUUUUUGGAUGCCUUUAUUUUUAUUUUUGGAACCAGCAUGAUGUGAACUGUGAGCAGUGAGCUGUACAGGGAUUACUGCAAGUGGAAAUAAAAGUGGAGUGCAGUAAGGCUGUA